GUCAUAGGGAGGCCAGGGCAGCAAUCCCACCACCAGCAAUACCAUUAACAAUAAUAACACCAGCAGCUCCAGUAGGGGCAACAAUAACAGCAGCAGUAAAUUGUCAAAGACUGGCAGGCGUAAACAGGGAUCCGCUGAGGAUCAGCGCUCAACCAAGUUUUCGAAAUCGUACGUCAUUCCAGAGCUCCUUCUUCGCCCAGGAGAGAUCAACAAUAUGCAUUCUAGAUCACGAACUUCAAGGAACACACUUUCGGAUUGGUAUGAUAUCGCAUUCAUCUGUUACGAGACUCUCUACAAUAUGUCAUCGAAAUCCAACCAAGGUCGAGUCUCAGUAUCUACGCUGACCUGGGGCUCUCAGUUGGAUAUAUCAACGUUCCGAUUGCAUUACGGGUCGGUAUUUACACCAUUUGGUUCCCAGAACCGGCAUCCCGUUGCGUCAUGUCUGACAGUUGAGAUGCGACAAUAUGGAGACAAAGAUUCUGCGGCAGAAGUUUUGGCUAUUCGCAACAAUGGCCAUUUGUACGAUUCAUGCGAAGCAAUGUUGGAGGGUAUAAACGUCGCUGGCCGAGGUCCCGUCAUGGAUAUGAAAUGUUUAGAGUCAGGUCACCUUGUAACAUCUUCCAUGUCGACAAAUCAGACGAACAAUCUCUACGUCUGGGAUAUGAGAGACGAUGCAGAGCAGGCUAAGGUCCCGGUUGUCGCAUUGAAAUCGCAACUGCGGGGCAAGAUCUACUUUGAUGCCUGCAAUGGCGAUGUGUGCAGCGUUGAUGACAACGGCACCAUCCACAGCUACGAUCUAUACACGGCUGCGUUAUCCAACAAGCAUACUGACACUCGCAACUUAGAUUAUACGGCAAUGACGGAUAUCGACUUGGAGUACAAAUUUUUCUCGUCCUGCAUUUCAAUCAAUGGAUUCGAUUCGACUGUCCUCGUAGGAUCAAGUGAACACGCCCAAAUUGCCCGCUGGGACCCACGAUCGCCUUCCUCGAAUAUUUUUACGUCAACGGCAUGUCGCAGAUGGGGCACGCGGGGUUCCCAGCGCAGGGACUACGAUCAUAUUUACGGCAUUGAAUGGAGCCCCAGAAAUACCAAUGAGUUUAUGACGGUUCAUAUGGAGGCCGUCCGUAUCUGGGAUGCGCGUAAAAUGGACCGUGAUAUAUUUGCAACAACGCACUGUAUGGCCCCAACGGCGCUUCGCAAGGCCCAAUGGUCACCACAUCGGUCUGACUGUAUAGCCGGACUGACCAUGGACGGCCAAGUGAAGAUUUGGAAGAUCAAGAAUUUUGAUGUCCCUGCGGAUAUAUCAACCCCACAACAGUACCCAGAGGAGCUGUUUGUACACCAGGCACAUGAUUUGAUGAUAUCGGAUUUUGCCUGGUGCCCGUAUGUGGAGGAUGUGAUUUCAACCGUUUCUCCCGGUACUGUUGGUAGCGCAGGCCAUAUUCAAGUCUGGCGUCCAAGAAACCUGCAUGAAAGCGACGACAAUGGCGAGCCUUAAAUGAAACUAUAUACGGUCAACAUAGAUAUCCUACAGUUUGACGCUUUGACAGGGUCUCGCUGUUUUCGACCUCCAAUGCUGAAAGAGUCAUCGGUGUAUUAAAGGUCUUGACAUUCUCAGAGUUUC